AUGGACCAGGCCACUGCCGCACAACAGGAUGCUGAACAAUCCAGGACGCUUCUCCUACCAACCGCAUUGAGCAGUACAGGUGCCAGCAUGCCUGCUCAAUCAAAGUCACAAAAAGCCGCUUCAUCUACUCCCCUAAUGACAGCCUCUACGACCACUUCACGAAUCCGCCUAAUAGUCCGUAUCCUGUCAUUUCUCCUGACGGGAGCCAUCGUGAUCGUGCUCGCCCACGCACUCUCGAUCUACUUCUCCAGCCGAGACAAGACCAUGUACGACGCGCGGCUGCAGAUCGACAUCCGCGUCUGGCCAAACAACAUGAAGACCCGGCCGACACUGCUGCUCCUUGGAGCCGCCAGUGCCGCGACUCUCCUCAGCGGCACCCUCUGCGUCGGCAGCUUCUCCAAAGUCGUCCGCCGCCUCACCCCGACCUCCAACAUCCUCACCAUGGCGGUCUCCGCCGUCGCGCUCGCCCUGUGGAUCGCCGUGGCGAUCCUGUAUAAAGCCGACGACCUGAACCCGGCCGAGCACUGGGACAUGCUCUCUUUCACGUGCGGCCGGAGGCACGACGCCGCGCUGGACGCCGCGAUCGGCAACCUGGGCAGUCUGUGCCUCCAGAUGCGCUACGCGUGGUGGGUGACCAUCGCGGUGGGAUUGUUGGAGUUGGUUGCGUUGGGGACAGUGGUUUGGGCUUGGUGGUCCGGGAGGUGGUCACGGGGUGAUAAAGGGGCGUAUCGGAUGCUGGAUACAAAGUAG